GUCUGCACCAUUUUCCGGUUGUGGAAAAAAGACAAGUUCCGGUUGCUAUGGGUGCUAUCAUGAAGCUAAGAAGCUGAGACAAUUAAGCGAACAGUAUUCGAGACUUCUGGAGUUGGCACCUUGAAACCGAUCGAGUCCUUUAGUGAAGAGCGGCGUUUUCUGGGAAAGCGACGGAAUCAUAGUCUUGCCUGAAGAUGGUCUGAUGGACCGCCGUUUCCUGCUGACCUUUCUCUUCUGCUCUGCAUCGUGGAUCUUCUUCUGGGAAGUGCGCUGGAAGAAAGGAAAAGAGAGUCAAAUUGAAGGAUGGCUUCAAGGGCACAACCUCUCAGAAUACAGACACUUAUUUGAAGAUGUGCAGACCCUGGAGGAGCUGAUCCUGACAGCGCUAAGCCGUCUGGAGGAGGAGGUGAAGGAGGCCGGGCGCUGGAGCGAGCUGGCCCAGGCUCACAUCCACCUGCUCAGAGACUUUGCCUUCCAGGAGUGGCUCUGCUCUCAGAACCUGGAGCAUUACUACCACACACUGAGGAAGCUGGGUUGUAUGAAUCUGGAUGAUUUAGCCCAGUUCGACAGUCAGCUGCAGCUGUCGCUGGCUGCGUGGGGGUAUUACUACGAAGAUUACAUCAAACUGUCCACCGGCGUCAAGGUCCUCCAGACCUCCAGGGGGAGCCGUGACCAGGACUACGAGAUCCAGCUGGUGCACAGCCUAGCACAGAGGCGUCUGAAUGAGAAGUGGUCGAUCGCCGGAGCUCUUAUAUUUGGCUGUACUGUGGCGCUGUGCUUUCUGAUAAGGGACCUCAUGUUUUACGUGAUUGGUGGAAUUACUGUUUCCAUCAUAGCGUUCGUCUUCACCAUCAAGUUCCUCUGUGAGCUCGCCGCCCGUGUGGUCAGCUUCCUGCAGAAUGAGGACCCAGGGCGCCGUGGAGACCGAAGCAUCUACGACUAUGUCCGGGGAAACUACCUGGACCCCCGCUCCUGCAGGGUGUCCUGGGACUGGAAGGACCCGCAGGAAGUUGGCCAGACCAUGAGCUUCCGUGUUCAGCUCUUCUACAAGAACGGCCAGCCCUUCCCCGCCCACAGGCCGGUGGGGCUGAAGGUGAACAUCACCCAUGUGGAGCUGGCCCUGGACAUCCCCGUCACCCAGGAAGUCCUGCAGGAGCCCGAGGCCAACGUGGUAAAGGUGGCCUUCACCGUCCGCAAGGCCGGCCGCUACGAGGUGGCCAUCAAGCUGGGAGGCCUCAACGUGGCCUACAGCCCUUACAACAAGAUCUUCCAGCCAGGUACCGUGGUCCCUUCCAAGACCAAGAUAGCGUACCACUUCUCCACCCUGCUCCUGACCAGCGGGCAGCAGCACGUGCUGCAGAUCGAGCCCAGAGACGAGUACGGGAACCCCACCAGCUCCUCCACCUCCCUCUCAGAUGAGCUCCACUACACCGUGCACAUCCACUCGCUGGGCACGGUGGACGAGGACAGCCUGGAGGACUGCUACAGCCAGACGCUGUCGUCCAACAAGCUGCUGUGUCAGGUGCUGCUGAAGCUCACCCUGCAGAGGAGGGGUUGUUACCGCGCACGCGUCUCCUACCAGGACCAGCUGCUUAGCAACGGAGAGUUCGACAUCAUCGUCCUCAGCGAGAACGAGAAGAACUGUGUGGAGAAGAACGUGUCCACUCCAGGGAUUAGCAUCUACUUUGAGGCCUACCUGUACAGCAGCGGGGCCUACAGCUCCUCCUGGCAGCUGCCCGCCUCCUCGCUGCUGGGCCCCCAGAGACGGCCCUCCAUGGGGGACGAAGAGGACGAGCAUGACUCCCCCGUGGAGGGGCAGCCGGAGAAGGUCAAGAAGCCCAAAAAAGUCUACUGCUACAUAUCGCCAAAGCAACUUUCUGUGAAGGAGUUCUACUUGAAAAUUAUUCCUUGGCGCCUUUUUACUUUCCGAGUGUGUCCUGGGACUAAGUUCUCCUACCACGGCCCUGACCCCAUUCACAAGUACCUGACUCUGGUGGUGGACGAUGGGAUCCAGCCCCCGGUGGAGCUCAGCUGCAAAGACAGAAACAUCAUGGCCGCCACGUUCAUCCGCUUCCUCCAUAAGAACAUCGGAGGCUCAGAGACGUUCCAGGACAAGGUGAGCUUCUUCCAGCGAGAGCUGAGAAACCUCCACUCCAAGAGGCCUCGCACCAAGACCUGCCUGAAGAUCAGCAGACACACCAUGCUGGACUCAUCUCUGAAGGCCACAAGGAACUUCUCAGUGUCAGACUGGAGUAAGAACUUUGAGGUGGUGUUCCAGGAUGAGGAGGCGUUGGACUGGGGAGGCCCUCGUAGAGAAUGGUUCGAGCUCAUAUGCAAGACCUUGUUCGAUACGUCCAACCAGCUUUUCACACGCUUCAGCGACAACAACCAGGGCUUGGUCCACCCCAACGCAGAGCGCCCCGUCAACCUGCGCAUGAAGAUUUAUGAGUUUGCGGGCCGCGUGGUGGGGAAGUGUCUGUAUGAGUCGGCGCUGGGCGGAGCCUACAAGCAGCUGGUCCGCGCUCGCUUCACCCGCUCCUUCCUCGCACAGAUCAUCGGCCUCAGGAUGAAUUACAAGUACUUUGAGACGGACGACCAGGAGUUCUAUAAGACCAAGGUCUGCUUCAUCCUAAACAACGACGUCAGCGAGAUGGACCUUGUGUUCGCUGAGGAGAAGUACAGCAAGUCAGGACAGCUGGAGAGGGUGGUGGAGCUGAUAGCCGGAGGAGCCCAGAUUCUUGUGAACAACGAAAAUAAGGUGCACUACCUGAACCUGCUGUCUCAGUACCGGCUGGCCAGCCAGGUGAGGGAGGAGGUGGAGCACUUCCUCAAAGGUCUGAAUGAACUUGUUCCAGAGAACCUUCUGGCCAUAUUUGAUGAGAACGAGUUGGAGCUGCUGAUGUGUGGGACUGGAGACAUCAACGUUCAGGACUUCAAGACUCAUGCUGUGAUCGUCGGAGGCUCCUGGCACUUCAGAGAGAAGGUGAUGAAGUGGUUCUGGGCCGUGGUGUCCAGUUUCACCCAGGAGGAACUGGCCCGUCUGCUGCAGUUCACCACAGGCUCCUCCCAGCUACCCCCCGGAGGCUUCAACACCCUCUGCCCCUCCUUCCAGAUCAUCGCUGCCCCCACACACAGCACCCUGCCCACCGCACACACCUGUUUCAACCAGCUCUGUCUCCCCACAUACGACUCCUACGAAGAGCUGCACAAGAUGCUGAAGCUGGCCAUCAGUGAGGGCAGCGAGGGCUUCGGCAUGCUCUGAGUGUCUGGUCUACAUCAGGCCUGUGUCUGAUCCUGGCUGCUCUACAUCAGGCCUGUCUGUCUGAUCCAGACUGCUCUACAUCAGGCCUGUGUCUGAUCCAGACUGCUCUACAUCAGGCCUGUCUGUCUGAUCCAGACUGCUCUACAUCAGGCCUGUCUUUCUGAUCCAGACUGCUCUACAUCAGGCCUGUCUGACUGAUCCUGGCUGCUCUACAUCAGGCCUGUCUGUCUGAUCCAGACUGCUCUACAUCAGGCCUGGCUGACUGAUCCAGGCUGCUCUACAUCAGGCCUGUCUGUCUGAUCCAGACUGCUCUACAUCAGGCCUGUCUGUCUGAUCCAGACUGCUCUACUUCAGGCCUGUCUGUCUGAUCCAGGCUGCUCUACAUCAGGCCUGUCUGUCUGAUCCAGGCUGCUCUACAUCAGGCCUGUCUGACUGAUCCAGACUGCUCUACAUCAGGCUUGUCUGACUGAUCCAGACUGCUCUACAUCAGGCCUGUCUGACUGAUCCAGACUGCUCUACAUCAGGCCUGGCUGUCUGAUCCAGACUGCUCUACAUCAGGCCUGUCUGACUGAUCCAGACUGCUCUACAUCAGGCCUGGCUGUCUGAUCCAGACUGCUCUACAUCAGGCCUGGCUGUCUGAUCCAGACUGCUCUACAUCAGGCCUGUCUGUCUGAUCCAGACUGCUCUAUAGCUGCUUGUUCAGUUCAUCCAGCAGGAGAGAGGCUCUGCCCUCACCAGCACUACAGCACACCUGGCACAUCCUCUCAGACUCAACCCAACCAACCAGGAUGCUCUUUCAGGUGCAUUACAGGUGCAUUACAGUCAGAGGGCAUGACAGGAAGUCAAACAGGAAGUCCCAGAAGGUCCCAGAAGGUCCCAGAAGGUCCCAGAAGGUCCCAGAAGGUCCCAGAAGGUCCCAGAAGGUCCCAGAAGCUGCGCCUCUGUAUGCUAAAAGCACUGUGUACAUAAGACGUUGCUUUUGUGUCGAGUAAAAAAAACUAAAAAAAAAACUACAACAAUAAAAAACAUACAGAAGAAGAUGAACUGGUGGGGAAAAAGAAACAAACAGCUUUGUUAGGGCUAGUCCUACUCUAGAUGCUAGCGUUGCUUAGUUUUAUAUAGAGACAACAUAGCACUAGCGCAACAGAUGUACAGAGUUUAGAUUUUCGCUUUAUGCUUCCGUAAAGUUCCGGAAGGUUUAAUCUGAAGAGAAGCCUACACAGGGUGUGGAUACGCUGCUCAUCCCACUGCACUGUGGCCUUAAGACAUCAGGGAUGGAUGCUUGUUUAUAUCACCCUUUUAUUUCAACACACUGUGUGCACAUACAUGUAAAUAGGUUUUCAUCUUCCUGCAAAGGUUCAUGCCUUUUGAUUUGAUCAUUGAAGAGAAGGGACUUGAUGUGUAAAUAUGUCUUUUUGUUUUGGGAAGGUAUACGUUUCGUAUUGUUUGGGUUUGAGUUUUAGAGUUUAUUGGUUUUGGUUGAAAGUAUAAAGAUUUCAAGGCCUCUCGAGGUUAUUUUCAAAUACUUUUUGUUUUUAAAGAAGCCAAGAAAAUCCCCAUGUUUGUUUCUGUGUUUUAACUUAUUGACUCUGUGUGUUGACCCAAGCCAUUGAUGAAUUAUUGUUUAUGAUACUGUGUAGCCAAGCUAUCAUUGUUUUGUUUGUUUUUGUUAAAACCUGCCUUAUUCAAACCCUUUGCCUGUGAUGGUACCUGGACAGGUGUAUAGCUAUGGGAAGACUAGGCAGCCCUAAACUACGGUGAUGUUACUGUGAAACCUUCGGCUCAGUCCCCCAGACAUGGAUUAAGCCUAGUCCUAGACUAAAACAUUUUUCAACAGAGAUCUUCACUGAAUUCUUCUUAGUUGUAGGCUUAAUCCCUGUCUUGGUCUGGCUGGUCGGGUGUAGGUGUGGGCAGAGACCAGAGCGAUGCAGGGCUGGGCCGAUGGAUGAGUUCGAUGUUACCAGUGUUUCUUCACAGGCUUGAAAGGGUUUACCUCAGGUCCUCCUGUCUCCUCUAUGCAUCCCAUCACCUCCACCACACCUCCCCAUCACCUCCACCACACCUCCCCAUCACC